AUGCAAUCGUCAACCCAAUAUGAUGAUCUUGAACUACUAUUGAUAAAUCUGAAGGAAGAUAUCAACUUCAUAUUGCAUAUAUUAUACCAAGAACGAGCAACCAAGAUGUCCAUCAAUAUUUGCAGAGACAACCAUGAUCCAUUCUACCGUUAUAAGAUGCCUCCCAUUCAGGCCAAAGUGGAAGGUAGAGGUAACGGUAUCAAGACUGCUCUACUAAACGUUGCUGAUGUAGCACGCGCAUUGAAUAGACCAACUCCAUACCUGGUUAAAUAUUUCGGGUUUGAGUUAGGUGCUCAAACUUCCAUUUCCGUGGAAAAGGAUCGUUAUUUAGUUAAUGGUGUUCAUGAACCUGCCAAAUUACAAGAUGUAUUGGAUGGAUUCAUUAAUAAGUUUGUUCUUUGUGGGUCUUGUAAGAAUCCUGAAACUGAAAUUAUUGUUACAAAGAAUGACGAUUUAGUAAGAGAUUGUAAGGCAUGUGGUAAGAGAACUCCAAUGGAUUUGAGACAUAAAUUAUCUUCAUUCAUUUUGAAGAAUCCACCUGAAUCAAUGAACACGGGGAAAAAGAAGAAAGCCGCUACAGCAUCUGCCAAUGUCCGUGGUGGUGGUGUUUCUAUUAGUGAUAUUGCUCAAGGUAAAUCUGCCACAGCCAACGAUAGUGGUGAAAAUGUUGCGUUAGCCGACGAAGAUGAUGAUGAAUUAUCUCGUCAAAUUAAUGCUGCUGCAUCUUCAUUGGGAGAAAUUGAAGUCAAAGAUGAUGAAUGGGCUGUUGAUAUGUCUGAAGAAGCUAUUAGAAGACGUGCUAAGGAGCUUGCUGUUGAAACUGUCCCUGAACUAACCAAAUUAGACGAAUUUGGUGAAUGGAUUAUAAAAGAAGCUGGAGAUGAUUUGGAAAACUUGCCAAGCGACGUGGAAUUAUAUAAGAAGGCUGCUGAUUUGGAUGUGUUAAGUGAUCCAAAGAUAGCAUGUGUUCUGGCACAAACUUUAUUUGACGAAAAUAUAGUAGAAGAAAUCGUGGGUCAUUCUGCCUUUUUCACUAAAGUGUUUGUCACCCCUGAAUAUGAAAAGCAUUUCUUAGGAGGUAUUGAAAGAUUCCUUGGUUUACAACAUAAAGAGUUAAUCCCACAACUUCCAAAAAUAUUGGUCCAACUGUAUAAUAAUGAUAUCAUAUCUGAAGAAGAAAUCAUGAGAUUUGGUACCAAGAGUUCAAAGAAAUUCGUUCCAAAGGAAGUUUCCAAGAAGGUUCGUAGAGCCGCCAAACCAUUUAUUACUUGGUUGCAAAAUGCUGAAUCUGAUGAAGAGGAAUCCGAUGAAGAGUAA